CGCGCCAAAAUUUAAUGAAAAGGAUAGCAAAGGCUAGCUCUUAGAAGCAGUUACCUUCAUCCCUUGAAUUGUAGGAAACUAUUUAAUCCAUUAUUUGGCACAUUUUGGGGUGAAUUUGCUCAAAAUGUGUGGAAGAACGGCCUGUACCCUUGCUCCUGAUGAAUUCCCGAAGGCAUGCACGUUCAAAGGAAAGAAUGGUCAGAUCCAGGAACCGGCUUGGAGAGAUGGUAGCUUUAAUAGAGGAAAAUACUAUCCUUCCCACAAUAUUAGUCCGCAAUCCUUCACUCCAGUGUUACUGUCAAGUCAACAUUUUAACAGUUUAGCAUCAGAAGAGCCUUGUGAAAGGGUUCUUCAACCCAUGAGAUGGGGUUUAAUUCCAUCAUGGCACCGUGGAGAUCCCAAAGAGUUCACCUACAAUAUGAGCAAUGCUCGUAGUGAUACUCUGUUGGACAAAAGAUCUUUCAAAUCUCCUCUAGAGAAGGGUAACAGAUGCGUUGUUUUAGCUGAAGGAUUCUUUGAGUGGGAGACAUUGAAGGGAGGAAAGAAACAGCCAUACUACAUCUACCUCAAGAAAGACACAAAGAUAGAAGUACAAAACAAAACAAUGACAGAGAUUGAAGGAGAAAACAAUAAUGAAAAGGAGACAGAUGUGAAAGAUUUUCACAUUAAAAAGGAACCAGAGGAAUCCAUAACAGUCAAAGCAGAAGAAGACGCACAGUUUGGAGAGAAGCGUCUCUUAACCAUGGCAGGCUUGUUUGAUUGUUGGAAGCCACCAAAUGGAAGUGGUAAUGAAGAUGAAGAACUCUUUUCCUAUACUAUCAUCACAGUGGAUUCAUCUCCAUCUCUAAGAUGGCUGCACAACAGAAUGCCAGCUAUUCUAGAAGGCGAAGAAGAGAUUGGCCGCUGGUUAGACUUUGGAGAAGUUCCAUGGCAAAAGGCUCUAAACCUUGUAAAACCCAAAGAUUGUUUGGAGUGGCAUCCAGUCUCUACAGUUGUGAAUAAUUCUAGGAAUAAAUCACCAGACUGCAUCAAGCCAAUUGACUUGACACAAAAACAAGAAAAGCCUAUUAAAGGAACUUUAUUUUCAUACUUCAAAAAAUCACCUUUGAAACAGGAGAAAGCAUUAGACAAGGGAGAGACUUCACAAGAACCAUCUUGUAAGAAAGCAAAAUUCUAGCAGUGAUAGUAAUGGUACUUAUAUAAAGCAUGCAGUUGCAAUCUUAUCGACUGGAUAAAACAUGCUCUUGUUUCAUUUUUUUUUUACAACUACGCAACUGACUUGUAGAGCUGUCUACUCAUAAGAGCCUGAUACAUUUAUUCUCUCAAUUUUUUUAUUCUUGUGGAUAGUAUUUACAAAACAUUUGUUAAAGGCAAGAUGUGCAUCAAUUGUUUUUAUUUGUAAACAACCGUUGCAAGAGGAAAAAUAAUUGUUUUUCAGUGAACAAUGUUGAGCAGCAACAGACUUUGUGUAACUCUGUUACUUAUUGAGAUUAUAAAUUAAGAAUCAAAGGGUACAAAUAAAAUUCAUUUGCACUUUUUUCA